AGUAUAUAGACGGAAUACAAGCACGCCGCGCUCGCGUCCCACGUCGCGCUGCGCCUCCUCUCCGACAGCCCCGGCGACGACGGCGGGCCCAGCGUGCGGUUCGCCAACGGCGUGUGGGUCGACGCCGCCAUGCGCCUCAAGGUCGACUACGCUGCCCUCGUCUCCGAGCACUACCGCGCCCAGGCGCUCCCGGCGUCCUUCAAGGACAUGCCAGAGGAGGCGAGAACCCAGAUCAACCGGUGGUUCGAGAGCGCAACGGCGGGCCGGAUCAAGGGCCUCCUGCCCGAGGGCUCCAUCAACGGCGCGACGCUGGCCGUCCUCGGGAACGCGCUCUACUUCAAGGGCGCCUGGUGCCGCAAGUUCGACCCCCGGCUCACCCUCGACGACACCUUCCACCUCCCCGCCGGCGGCAGCGUCCGCGCGCCCUUCAUGUCGAGCAGAGACCGCCAGCAGCACGUCGCCUGCCGCUCCGGCUACAAGGUCCUGCAGCUGCCGUACGCGCGCGGCCGGUACUUUUCCAUGUACAUCUACCUCCCGGACGAGCGCGACGGCCUGCAGAGCCUGCUGCACAGGCUGGGGUCCGACCCGGCGCUGCUGGAGAGCUCCACGACGCUGACGGCCCAGGUCCCCGUGGCCUUCAAGGUGCCCAAGUUCACCAUCUCGUGCAAGACGAACGCGACCGAGCUGCUGCAGGACCUCGGCCUGCGCCUGCCGUUCGCGCCCCUCGCCGCGGACUUCUUGGAGAUGCUGGAUUCGGCGGCGCCGCUCGUCGUGUCGGCCGUCUUCCACCAGUCCUUCGUCGAGGUGAACGAGGAAGGGACGGAGGCGGCCGCGGCGACCGCCGUUGUUGCGUCCUUUGGCGCCGCGGCGGUGAGGACGCCGGUUCAGGUCGUGGACUUCGUGGCCGACCACCCGUUCAUGUUCUUGAUCAAGGAGGAGCUCAGCGGCGUCGUGGUUUUCUCCGGCCAAGUGGUCAAUCCGUUGGUUCCAUACUAACCCCACAUAGAAAUCUCACAUAAACCAUGACAAUGCUUACCAUACCAUGGGAUCACUUGAUCCCUCUCGGUACAUCUUGUACGCUUUGUGUGUUGAUCAACUUGAUUCACUCUU